AUGGAGAAUGUAGAUGCGCCCUCAUCACCGACCCCGCAGGCGGUCGAGGCCAAUCCCGAUCUGACUUCCGCCGCCAGCUCGGACGUGUCGAGCUCCGACGAGUAUCUCCCUGGUACCCUCGAUGCACCCCAUCUCAUCGUACGUUUGAUUCAGUGCCAGCGCUGUUCUCGCCCUCUACAUACACCUCUCCGACUCCCAUGCGGCAAUGCGAUAUGUCGAUCGUGUCUCCCAACAGUUCGUCCCCGCACGGGCAUCACAUACCCAGUAGCAGAGGGGAGAGAAGAGGGCUUUACAUGCUACUGGACGGGGGCUAGCAAUUGCGUCGGCGAGCAUUGCGUUGGAGACUGCGGCGUGGAUGUCGUAUUGUGCAAUGUGCUGGGACUCUUCCAAGAGGAAUUAGCAUUUCCCAUGCCAGAUGCCGGAGCGUCGGAGAAUCCAGACGAUAGCGGUCGCAUUGUUCGUUGGAAGGUCGAUGAGAAAGGAACGAACUCUUUGGAAGAUCAAAGCGCCCAUUUGAGUCAACGUGGGUGGCUGUGGGGUUUAUACCUCCUCGCCUGGGAAGGGCGUCUCCCCUAUAACGCGACAGAGGUCGUUUACGAGCCCGAGAGAGAGCGCGCAGGAGAGCAAAUGCAUCAGCAGGAUGAUCAGAUCCGUUUCGAGAGGCUCAGAGACAGGCUCCGUGCUGAAGUAGAUUGUCAAGUCUGCUACUCUCUCAUACUGGACCCCCUAACAACUCCCUGCGGCCAUACCUUUUGUCGAAAAUGCGUGGCGCGAGUUCUAGAUCAUACCGACUUGUGCCCUGUCUGCCGACGAAAGGUGGGUAUUCCGGCUGCUGUUCAAGCAGAGCCUCUGAAUAGCACCAUCUCUCAGAUCAUCGAUCACUUUUUCGCUGAUCAGGUUGCGUCUCGGCGAGAGGCUGAUGUGGAAGAUGAGGCCGGAGGAGAUCAUGAGAAAGAUCUACCCCUUUUUGUAUGCACUCUAUCAUUUCCAACCAUGCCGACUUUCCUUCACAUCUUUGAGCCCCGGUAUCGGCUGAUGAUUCGCCGUGUCGUGGAGAGUGGGAACGGCAAGUUUGGCAUGGUCAUGUACAACCGCCGAGGCCGGGAGCAAAGCGAUGGACUAGGUAGUAGUACAUUCAUGCAAUACGGAACCGUCCUGAUGGUCGAACGCUAUGAACUUUUACCGGACGGACGCAGUCUUGUCAUUGCUUCGGGGAUAUCGCGGUUCAAGGUCAUCGAAGCGGGCGAACUGGAUGGCUAUCACGUUGCGAAAACAGAGCGUGUUGAUGAUAUCUCUUUGGCAGAGGAGGAAAGGCUGGAGGCAAUGGAAACAUCAGCCUCGCCAAUACCGGAUCCAACAGACCCAAUUACGCCCGAACCUCCUUUGGAUUCCAUGUCUACCCAAGAACUCCUCGAUCUUUCACGCGACUUUAUUCGCAAUCAGCGACAAUCCGGUGCGCCCUGGCUUCAUCCACGUGUGAUGCUAGCCUAUGGGCCUGUCCCGACGGACGCGGCCCGAUUUCCUUGGUGGUUUGCUAGUAUUCUGCCCAUCGCCGAGGAAGAAAAAUAUCCCAUUCUCUCGGCCGUGAGUGUUAGAGAGCGAUUGAAGCUCUGCGCACGAAAUCAAGACGAGCAAGCAAACACACCCUCAACUCAAUUAUCGGAAACAUAUAUCCCACAGAAACUUGUCAUCGGGACUUUCUUCGCUAUAUUCCUUGCGCAGGUGGGCAUCAACUUCUUACAGACGGUACGUGGUGGUCGACGGAGAAGACAGGCGAUGGAGUUGCAGUUCCCACAUCCUCUACCACAACUCAAUCGACGUCGGAAUUGA